UUAACAUGCCACGCGUUAACACGCCGAUAAUUUCAAAUCGCGUGUUAACUCAUUUAUUUUUAAAUAUUAUUCGAUUUUGUGAUCAUAUUUAUAACACACAACGCGUUCCCACUCAAUUCCACGCCACGCGUUUCAAACAAUUUUGAAAAACGUGUGACGUGUGAUGGUAUCGUAUUAAUUAAAAUACGAUCAUUUUACUUCAGACAUCGGUCGAUGCUGUUUGUUUCUCCUAUCUUUUUGAAAAUGUCUUCAUUUGAGGAGUUAUUAAUUGAAAAUGUCCGUGAACAUAAAUCUUUAUACGACAUUUUUUCUGUCGACUAUAAAGAUAAUAGCAUUCGUAAAGAGGCAUGGGAAGAGAUUGGUGCAAAUUUACAAAUGUCAGCUGAUAAGUGCAAGUCAGAAUGGACAAAAUUGCGAAAUUGUUUUCUAAAUGCUAUUAGAAGACGUAGAAGUAAAACAAGUGGUCAAGCAACUAAGAAUAUUCCACCUUGGAAGUAUUCCCAACAAAUGGAAUUUAUAUUGCCCUUUUUGGAAAACCGAGAGUAAUAUAUAAUAUAUAAUAUUAUAAUUUAUAAAAGAUAUAGACUAUAUAGAGGGUGUAAAAUACUGUAUAUAGGAAUACCUGAAAAAUU